UUCGGUACUGAAGUAUUAUGGUCAUGUCCGAAAUUAGCUGUUAAUGGCAUGAUUCAAAUGAAUAUUGUGAUGAAAUUUGUGAUUCUUACAAUCUUUACUGCAACUGUGGUACUUACUCUGUAUCUGCUGUUGCGUCGAAGAGUUGACUUCUCUUUAUGCAACAAAUCUUUUCAUGGCUUUAAUGUUCUGAUCACUGGUGGUUCAAGCGGGAUUGGUUUGUCUUUAGCGAAGCUGUUUUACAAGGCUGGUGCUAAUGUUACAAUUGUUGCCCGUGAUCUAGCAAAGUUGGAGUGUGCAAGAGAAGCUAUAAGGCGUGAGAAGAAUGGGAACAAUAGCGUAUUCAUUUUAUCUGUCGAUUUGACUUCAAAUUAUGAAGUAUUAAGUGAAGUCUUCAGUAAACAUGUAACAGCUCAUGGACCUAUUGAUAUAUUGAUAAAUUGUGCUGGUUAUGCUGUUGCACGCAAGUUUUUGGAUACAUCUACAAGCGAUAUUGAAGGCAUGCUAAAAACGAAUUAUUUGUCUGCUGUUUAUGUAACACGUAUUUUACUACCUUAUAUGUUGACUCAGAAAAUUCAUCAACCUCAUGAACAACGUAUUGCCUUUAUUUGUAGUCUUGCUAGUCAAAUAGGUGUUUAUGGUUAUGCUGCUUAUACAGGAAGUAAGUAUGCACUACGUGGAUUUGCAGAAGCCUUAGAAAUGGAAUUAGGACAUAAUGGACCGUAUAUUACACUAGCUUUCCCACCAGAUACAGAUACUCCAGGAUAUGCUCUUGAAAACACUGGCAAGCCAGCAGCUACUAAAGAAAUAUCUUCAACUGCAGGUCUAGCCUCACCAGAUAGCGUAGCUAAAUCAAUAUAUAUGGAUAUCAUAAAUGGAAAGUUAGUAAGCACUUAUGGACUAGAAGGAUCACUCUUGUCUUGGUUAACUGCUGGUAUCCUUCCUCCUGUGAGUGUACGAUGUCGUUAUCUAUCAGAUUUCUUUCGAGUGAUAAUCGGUGCUUCAUUGGAGAUUGCAGCUGCAACACCACUUCGUGCUGUUGGGAUAUUCUAUGCUUUUUGGAUGAAAUAUAUUACAUAUAAGCAUAAUAAGUGAUAAUGCUCAACUUUAUCAUUCCGGAUUUAAUUGAUAACACUGUGGAGUUCUCAAUCUACAUGUCAUAUGCAACUUUUUUUGUCAUUCUUGUUAAUUGUUUCAAGUAUCUUACAUAUUCGAGUGGUUUUCUUGGCAACAGGUAUGCGUUAACUUGAAUUUUUAGGUUGUAUACCCGGUGGAAACAACCAUGUUUUACCGUCAAGUACAAUCGAUGCUUCUGGAUUUGCUACUCAGGGAUAUUUGUUUGCCUUUAAAAUAAUAUUUUACUGAGACAUUAGUUCAUUUUUAAAUUGACUUUUAACGUUUUUGCUUUUAUAACUAACACGUAUCGAUAUGUGAUAAAACAAAGACUAUUUAGUUUGCUUUUUUUGUUUUGUUAUAAACACUUCUGCGGAAUGCAUGCAAUACAUAUCAUCCUAUAAUUUAUCUAAUGAAUUUAUUUGUCUAAUUUUUCAUCUUGGCCUCUCUUUUGUCUCAAAAUGUUCAUCGUUUUAUUACGUGACAGGUUAACAAGUGAUGAUUUCUGUGUGGGUAUUUCCGGUCAUCAAGACCGAAAAAACAUCGGAGAUUAGUUUUCUUUUAGUCAACAAUAAAUGGC